AUGUCGGAGCCUGUACAAAAGGGCGAGGUUGAUCUCAAGUCCCUGGAUCAGGCCCUCGACGAUCUUGAGGCUGCUUCUGAAGUGCCUGCCGAGACACUCAAGGCGAAUUCGGACACACUAGCGCAACCACCUGUCCAAACUCGAUCCUCGGUCGGCGAGCCUGCUUCCAAACCCGAGCAUGCAAAGAAAGCUUCUUCGCCCGCAACCUUGUCACCCUCCUCACCUCGAGUCAUGUCGCCCGCUUCAGCAGCUACUCGUCCUACAGCGACAGCGACUCAAGUGCCGCCGGCCGUAGCCGAGCUCAAAUCCAUGUUCCCGGACCUUGACAACGAGACUAUCGCUGCAGUCCUGUCUUCACGAGGCGGCGACCAGGAGUCGGCCGUCAAUGCUCUCCUGCAGAUGUCCGAUCCAAACUUCAAGCCCGCGACUCCCGAAACCAGAACAGACUCAGAUGCGCUGCUAGCCCAGACGAUUGCGAUGGAAGAGGAACAGAGGCAUCACGAGCAGAUGGCACAGCAUCAACAGCGUUUACAACAACAACAACAACAGCAGCAGCAACAGCACAGCCAGAGCAUGGGUCGUGGAGGCGGUGGUGCUGGAUCUUUCUUCAGUGGCCUUCUCAACCCGGACUCUCGCGAGCAGUCUGCGCCCUCUGCUCCUUCCUACGAUCCCAACGCGCUCACGUAUCAGCCUCGAGUCAGGAAAGGUCCGACCCCUGCAUCAGGCGCUGCUGGUGCCAGGAACUCGUAUGCCUCACAGAACCAACAACCAGCUGCUUCACCCUCGUAUGCGGAUGGCGAGAGCAUCAUUCCAGGUAUGCCUGGUGCAAAGGAAGCAAAGCAGUGGCAAGAAGAGAUCAAUCGUAUGGCAGAGACAGGUCUAGCGAGAGCAGCUUCCACUUUCUCUACCUUCCGACAGAAGGCCAGUGCUGCCUUCAACAAUGCCCAAGAAGGUGGAGAAAACAAUGGCCAGGCUGCAGUUGGUGCGAGUGGGGGAAAUGCAACAGGCGCAGGCUUUGCACAAGCUUUCCAGAACUUCAAAAACACCACAGGCAGAAGCUCCAAUGACGAGAAAGCGACAGCAUCGACCGACGCUCCGUCCCGCCAUGCCUUGACUUCGCCUCGAACACCAAAUGCAAGCGAGUACGAUCAGGAUCCAUCCCCCGUGUCCGAAAAUGAGCUCGCCAAGAUCAUCUCUCGUGGUCGCGGCGGCAGAGCACGAGCGCUGGCAGACCGCUAUGGUCUAGGUAUCAAGAACACUGGUCGAGCGAACUCAGCUAGCACACAAGGCGGUGCUGGAGCAGAAUCAUCGGACUACGCAGGCUGGGACCAGGCUGGACGAGCUCCCAUCUCUAUUAAAGACAACACCAACUCGAAGCGUUUCGCGGAUGAUGCCGACAAAAAGCGUCUCGACUCGAUCGCAAGGAUGGACUCGGCUGGCGGCCGUGGUAUUACCAGCCCUCGAAUCGACCGCAGUCCUACCAAAGAGACUUCGACUACGACUGGAACCGGUGGCGUUGCUGCCGCUGGCACUGCAGGUGCUGCAGGCGGUGUUGGGGCAGCUUCACUUGCAAAAGACAGUGGCGAUGACCCAAAUGAUGACUCGGACGAUCUCGAGUACGUCAGCAACCCCUUCGAGGACGAAGACUGA